CUCCCCCCAUUGUCGAGCCUUCGAAAACGUUCAAGAAGAGGUUUAUACUGAGAGGUUGUCUAUACUAAAGGCUUGCUUUUAAUUAUUUCUUGCCUUUACCUCUUUUUAUCCCCUCUCUCUUCUUUCUACUUUUUUUUUCUUUUUCGUCCUUUAUUAAUUCGAGGUUUCCGCCGGAAGUCUCUCUCCUUCGCGUCCUCGCUGUGCUGUAGCUUUCGCAAGUCGUUGCUGCAAAACCUCCUGAAGUUUCGCCCGCUCACAACUUGCGCCUUUGCAACGCCCCCGAUCUGUCUACGAUCUUUGUCAAUUCCGUUCCUGCGUCUUGAGGAACCUUAUAUUCGGCCGAGAAAGACCUUUAAUUGACCCCAUUGGUCCCUGGCUUUGCACAUACUCGCACCGACUCGACGCCUGUUCUCGACUGAGCGACAAUUCACAGACCCUUCUCACCAACCGCUCAGAAUGGCUACACAAUCACCCACGCCCUUCAGCGUCGACCGCUAUGUCGUAAUUCAUGUUGCAACUACCUGUGAUGAACACGGCGUUUACGUCACCAAGGACUCAGCCGAAGUUAUUGAACUCGGUUGGCUUCUUCUUGAUGCCAAUACUCUCGAAGAGAUUACGCACGAAAAUGUUCUUGUCAAGCCUGUCAACACACCAAUUACCCCCUUGUGCACUAGCUUGACUACCUUGACAUGGGAGCACGUUCGAAAUGCAGGUACCUUUAGAGACGCUAUCUCGCGAUUCGAUGCGUUCGCCACCGAGCACCUCACAUCAAAGAACCUUGACUUUGUCUUUGUAACUCUAGACGCUUGGGACCUCCGCGUUCAGUUGCCCAGAGAGGCUCGUGAUAAGGCUGUUGUUCUCCCACCAUACCUGCAACACUCCCGUACAUUCGACCUCCGAACCGAGUACCAGCGCUGGCAACAGCAUCACCCCGAGUCGCUGCCAUUUGGCCCUUCUAUGUUGUCCAACAUUUGCGCCGCCCUCGAGGUCGAGCCUGUUCAAUCUAGCGCCCCAAUUAAGCACAACUUGCCGUUCCACUUGCAGGCCCUUGCACCGUCAUCCCCCCGACGUGCAAUGGAUGAGGCUAUUACUCUUACCCGCGUCCUGCGUGGCCUGAUUCGCAAGUCGCAGCCUGCUUCCGAACACCCCGAUGUCUUGACCCGACCCAUGGACGCCCGUGCUGAUGUUCGAGCCUUCCUUUCGGAGCGAAGCAAGGUUCUGCACAUGUCUGGCCUUCCUCACGAUACUACACAGUCUGAACUGGAAAGCUGGUUCACUCAAUUCGGCGGCCGCCCUAUUGCGUUCUGGACCCUACGAACUCCCGAGCAGCACAAGCCCACCGGUACUGGCUUUGCUGUGUUCUCAUCCCACGAAGAGGCUGCUGAAAGCUUGUGCAUGAACGGUCGAGCCUUAAACGAAAAAGCGAUCGAAGUUUCCCCAUCGUCUAGUAGAGUCCUUGAUCGUGCUCAGGACAUCUUGACUCCAUUCCCUCCUAGCAAGAACCGCCCUCGCCCUGGUGACUGGACAUGUCCCUCUUGCGGCUUUUCCAACUUCCAGCGCCGUACUGCUUGCUUCCGAUGCUCGUUCCCAGCUAACGGUCAUGCCGGUGGUGGCGACAUGAACAACAACCAAGGCGGCAACAACUUUGGAUAUGGUUAUGGACCACCCAACAUGAUGCCUCCCCCUCCUCAUGGUGGUCACCACGGUGGCCCCAUGGGACAUGGUGGUCGCAUGGGAGGAGGCGGCGGCGGUGGCGGCGGCGUAGUUCCCUUCCGCGCUGGUGAUUGGAAGUGCGGCAACGAAGUCUGCGGCUACCACAACUUCGCAAAGAAUGUCUGCUGUCUUCGAUGUGGCGCCAGCCGCGCUGGUGCUGCGGUUGUUGCUGACUCUGGUUACCCCUCGCCAAUGGAUAACUCCUCCCAGUACAGUGGUUCCAUGGCUGGAACUCCCGGUCCUGGGCCCUUUGCUUCUGGUAAUGCUUUUGGUGGAGGUGCUGCUGCUGGCUAUAACCAACAUUUCGGUGGCCCCCCUAGCCACUUCCUUCCCUCUGGCCUAGGCGGCACCGGCGCUGGUGGCUACCCAGGCUCCGGCGGCUUCAACUCUGGCCCAGGCUCGCACGGAUCCGGCCCUUUUGAUAGCCGUGCUGCUGAGGCUGCUUUCCAGUCUGCUACCAAUGGUCCUGCCCCUGGUGGUCCUUCAAACAACUUCUACAACGGUGGCAACAACGGCUCUGGAAACGGCCAAGGCCCUGAUAGCGACCCUUUUGCCUUCCUGUCUACCAACAUUGGUAACCUAUCCGUUAGCGGCAGUGAUCCUCGUCAGAAUGGCAACAAUGCACCAACCAACAAGUCGUCUGCUUAGACGGCUUGAGGUUCGGUUGCCCACGGCUCCCUACCUCAGCGAGCCACGGCUACGCUUGCAUUGGGAAUGUCGGUAAAUACGUGAGAUCUCGAACACAUCUUGUGCUUACGGCUCAAUGUUCUUACUUAUUUUUUCUUUCAUUUCAUUCGGAAAACAAAAGGUACCAGGGGGGAUUUGGUGUGUAAUCUUUCAUUUUCAGAGAUUUUGACAUUUCUGCUUACAGUUUCAUUUCAUUUUCGGGAGGGUUCAGGCUGGAGUGUCGGACGUUUUGUUUCAGGCGGGAUGUCGUCAAAAUUCAUUGUUUGAUUUCGUUCGUUUUCACAGCCUUCUUCUUGCUAUGGACAUGGCACCGCUUUCCAUCACGAUAUCUCCUUCCAAGCCCUCUGUCUGGUGGACUAUUCCUCUUAUCAGUACAUUUAACGGGAAGGCAUUGAGGAUUUAGAAAGGGAAGUUGGCGGAGUGUCUUCAUGGGAGAGGAAGUGCCUGUUGUUCAAAAAUCAUUCUGUUUUUUUUACUUCUUGUUCUACUCGGGCCGGUUGUGACAACUGGGCUCGAUCACAGAACAGAAGUGGCCGGAGUGGGAAAGCGAGGUGUUGGUUUGUUCAUCACGAAAGGGAAGCGAAAGAUGUGACGGUUGGGCUAGCAGCCUGCUUUAACCGCGCUCUUCUCGCCACUGUCUUUCACCAAGGAAUCGGAAACUGGAUAGUUUGGGGGUCUCUUUGUUUUCUUUCAUCUUGUUUUCUUUUCCUUUCUCGUCACGGCUUGUGAUGCUGCUACUUUUCCCUGUCUCUUUAUUUUCUUUAUUUUGCUUGCACAAAGGACUUUUGGCCUCGGGGUUACGGACGGAAUGCAUAGCGAAAGGUGUGUUGGACAAAAGCAAAAACUUCUCACCCAGAAUAGAAGGGGACGAGAGAAAAGCGAACUGGGAGCAUGCCGCCCCUCAAGGAUUUUAUGUUGGCAUUCAGUGCUCUACUUCUUGGCCCUGGUGGGUGCGCUUUUGGUUGUUGUCUUUGGAAUUUUAGACAGGGACGGAUAGGACAUGUUUUCUUUUGUGUAUUUUUGUUGUCUGUUAUUAUAUUCAACCAUUUGCGUCAGCUUGACCGUCUACAAUGUGCUAUUUAUCUCGUGAUAUGGAAACUCAUCAUCUCCGUCAUUAGCAUCCAGCGUCGUAUCGCCUUCAUCACCAGAGGUGUCGUGUGUCGCGUCAAUGGUACCAUACUCUUCAGGUACUUCUCUUGAUUGUCUAAGCAUCUCUUCCCAGUCCCAUUCAUCUGCCUCGUCUUCUGUUGUAUACUGUAGAAACGGUUGAGCUCGUAAUAGCUGAUCAUCAUCCACUUCCAGAGCGAGCCCUUCCAUUGCCUCGCUGAUAAAGUCUCGCCAGGCCGCUUGGUCAUCCAGCGCUGGUACAUCCGACUGGUGGUCUUUAUCCUGUGUCUGUACAAUAAACCCUCGUUCAAUUUCGUCGUUGGGGUCAUAAGGGAAUGCCAUGUUCGAAUCGUCGCCACUGGAACUCGACGAUGCAUCACUGUCAUCACCGCACCAUGCCAUUGCUCGCAGACGCUCAUCCUCGUCGUCGUCCAUAAUCUCUUGCUGUUGUUCCGGGCUGAGCUUAUGCCACUUUUUCUUCAGGGCAUGUUUGGGCUUCCAGUGGUGGCUUGUGUCGACAUUCUUCAACAGUGUCUCUUCAUCAGACAAAUGGAGCUCCUCUAGGCUAGGUACCAAGUUAUCACCAGUCUCUCGAUUUAUAUACCCCCAAAUCAUCAUGUGUACUAUAUGAUGCUGUAGCUGAAGACCACGAGAAGUUGCUUCGAUAGGUACGAGUUCGUCUGGUCGUAGUAGAUGCUUCGUUCCUUUGCCCCAUCCUUCCAAGUGCAUUACACCAAUCUCGUCAAAUGGGACACCGUAAAUGGUUUCCCCAUAGUAUUCGUGAGCCCAAUGGUCCGGCGGUGUUUGAAAGUCAUAUCGCACUUUCAGCUCCAGGAUUUCAAUCACCGUUGUGAACCGUUUGCGCAAGAGCAGCUGCCAUAGUGGAAAGAGGCCCUUUUGGCCCAUCAUAAGAUGGAGCAGUUCGUAAGAUCGCGGCCCGUAUAUAGGAUCGUUGAAGUGCAAUCCCAGUUUGACAAAGAACAUUUGCGCAUUGUACAGAUCGAUGUCUGUCCAAACAUUCCUAUUUCGAAGCAGAGCUCCUCGCUGGGCAGUUGUCGCGAUGUCCAUUAGCAGCCACAAUUUCAACAGUGUUGAGUGUAUAGACGGGGGGAACCGGUGACCAUUGCGAGCCAGGAUUGCCUUCAUCUCUCGACAUCGUUGAUCCCGGCCAAGAACGAGCUGUAGAUACUUCAGCCCAGGUACGUUGCGGACUUCCUUUAUUUGAUCGUCAUCUAUGGCUUGAACUGGCUGCCCAGAUUCGUAUUGCUGCUCCCAGCUUCUGCCAGCAGGAUCGGGGACGAGGUGACGCCGAUAGAACUGGAAGGGGAAUAUUCGACCUGCAUCUGGGGCUUUAUAUUCCACCCAGCUUCGAAUAUUAGACAAUAAAUAGGCAUUGACUGAUUGAUGGAAAGUGCGAACAGUAGAAUAUAGUGUCAAUAUGUCCCUUACGGGAAGAUGUUUCCCAAGUUCUGUCACCAAGAUGGUGUUCUCGCACAUGGCGGUCAAAAUGUUGGUGAACUUGGCAGAUUCAAUAGCAUGCUUUGUUUUUUUGUCGGCCUCUGCUUGCGUAUCAUCAUUGUCAAAGUAUCGUCCCAAUUCGCUAUCGCCCGAUUUACGUCGCUUUGGAGAAGCUGCUUCGCCGUCACCUUGGUAUUUUCGUUUUACGCUGUCGUUGGAAGAACAUGGAGAUCGCUGCUGUUGACUUGAACCCGGACUCGGAGCCAUCUUAAUUUGAUCGUUUUCGUUGGUUAAUGGCAGGUGAUAAGCAGACGUUGUC